AUGAUUAUAAAGAUAGUUUCGACGCCGAACAUUCCUGGAGUUGAGAUCAUCUCGGAUGUGCAGAAAGCAUACAAAAUACAGCCUGAAAGGAGAUACGUCUUAAAAUUUACUAAUGGAGAGACCACGCUCAAGGCCUUCAAGGAGCUUUUCCUACUCGAGAGAGAAGUUCUAUUCUAUGUGGUAAACUUCGAGUUUUUUUUUUACAAGAUGAGCAUGUUCAAGCAUUGCAGGUUUGAGUUUGUGACAUAUCCGGACAGUGUGGAGGACAAGAGGAUCGAGAAGUACAAGGAGAUUGAGAAAGGGAUGACCGGGGUGUGGAGCAGUCGGGGCGUGGACCUUUCGUUUACACCAGACGUGUUUUCUUCCAUAAACUCCUCUCUUCUCAAUCCAGAACUGUAUUUGUCUGAAGUGAACCUUAGUGGAGUGAUAUAUAGAAUGCUUGAUAAGAAGCUCGAGUAUAAAAGUUUGAAAAAGCUGGCCAAGGAGGCAAUGAAAGAUCGUAUGGAUGGAGAGGAUGACUUCGAUGAGGAGUUUGACAGGCACUUGAAGAGUCUGGUGUUUGUAGGCGUAGUUAAGAUGAGAGAUGGAUCGUUUUACAAAUGGAGCUAUUGA